AUGGGUAGCUGUGUGAGCAGUUAUAAAGCCUCAUCCUCUUCAUCUGUACCAAUCAUUCAACCACCAAAACCUUCACAAAACAAUGAAACAACCUUUCUCGUAGAGGAAGAAACAGUGAAGGAAGUACUCACAGAAACCCCCAAACCAGAACCACCAAAGCCACAUAGAAACAUUAAGGCCUUUCACAAGUUCACAGAAGAAGAAGACACCAAGGUUCACGAGAAACAAGCAUUGUUCAUCAACAAAGGCUAUAAUACCUCAGAAAUUUACAGGUUAAGAAAAACCAUUCCUGCAACUACUCCAGAAAAAGCCGGCAAAAGGGUUAACGGAUCUCCGAUCAAGUUGCUUAAAAACUGUUCCUUUCCCGGUGAUAUUGACGACAGAAGAGAUAGAAUGGUUCAUGGUUCGAGGAAAUUAGGGUCUGUGAGGUUGAUUCAGUGCAGAGACCAACCGGGUCAGAAAAUGGUCAAAGAGGGAAUACGUCGCCGGCGAGAACCCGGCGAGAAUUCUUGCCGACAGUCUCGGUCACCGGUCACACGUGUUGACACUGGUGAUGCUAGAUCCUUCGUGAGUCGGAGCCCGCCUGUAAGAAGAACGAAUCGAUCUCCAGUUGCAAGGGCUAGAACUACGUUGCCGGAGAGAGGACGACGGCAAACGGAGAUACCGGCCAUGGAGAGUAAACGGUCUUGUAAUAAUGAGUCACUGGAAAAUCCACUCGUGUCAUUGGAAUGUUUCAUUUUUCUAUAG